GGUUCCUCCAACUUACCAGCCGAGACAGCUGCCUGCUGCCCCGGCUGCCUCCGGCUCCCGCUCCGGCCCGCCGUGGAUGGAGGACGUCACUUGUGGAGCGGCGAAGUGAUGGCCUCGGUUCAGCAGCUGUGCCGGUGAUCCUGCUCGUGGAGUAGAAGCAAAGACGCCUUGACAAGCGACCUACUAAAAAAAUAGCAGACGAACGAGGCGGAAAAAGAGCAAACACACCAGCAUAAACAAAUGCGACCAUGUACAGCGUGGAAGAUCUUCUCAUCUCUCAUGGAUACAAGCUUCCCAAACAUACAGCAUCCACCUCAGCCACCCCCACUCCGGCCCCUGCACCUUCAUCCCGCCGGGCGCCCUCGUCCUCACCGCCGGCCUACACCAAGCACCAUGAAAUUGUGGAGAACAGGCCGAGGACGGUGAAUGGCUACGAAAGAGGGUCCAGGGUGACCUACGGGAACGCCGGGGGAAGCAGACAGCCUCAAGCUUACAGUGGUGGCAGCAGCUGCCCCAACAAUAACAAUGCCGAGCCUCGAGACAGAAGCCAGUCCAGACAGGAAGCCGGAAGCCGGAACCAACUCGACACCCACUCCUUCGGGGAGUCCCUGACCUCAGACAGCGGGUUCUGCGAUGGUGCCAAAAGUCAACAGACUCUUCCUAAGGACAUGUCUUACUGGAGAAGAAGAGGCCAGGACUUCAACGUACUAUUGGAUUAUUCUGACCUGAAGGAGGCCAAAGGAGGAGGCCAGGCUGGUGUCAGCAGGACAGAAAGGCCUCAACAAGCGAGAGGCCAAGAGAUGUCUGCAGAAGAGCGUCAGAGGGCCGUGCAUGAGAGACAGCGCUGGGCAGCCCAGGCUCAGGUGCAGGCACAGGCUGAGGCUCGGUCUAGAGACAGGGAAGCAGCUCUGAAUCAGUGGAGAAUGGCAAAUGAGAGGAAGUGCCAAAGCUUGGGGAAUGAUGACUGGCACCCAGCUGUGACAUUUAGACAACUGUCGCAAAAUGAGAGGGAACGCUGGGCUCAGGAGCAGCAACGGCUACUUGCCAGGACUCCAGACGGCAUGGUGGUACACCCGAGGACGAAGGCCAAAUCUCAGUCCCUGCCUCGGAUGGUGCAUCCAGACAGCCUGCAUUAUGUGGACAUCCCUUCAUCUGGGCAGGAACUAUAUAGGCGAGGCAAUGGCCAACCGCAGUCACUUCAAGACUUUUACAGGCAUAUCCGCUGGCCGGAGAAUGGUAGACCGGCAAGUGCAAAUCCAUUUUUAACCACACCAAAGCCCCGCUUUACCCGACCCCCCCGACCUCCAUCUUAUGAAAUGCACCAGCAGAUCAGGGGAAGCUGUGAGGUGUUGUCUGGAAGAGACUCUGUUGUUUCCCACGCCAGAGACAGGACACCAAUACCCAUAUCAAACGCCGCUGACACCCAACUGGACUAUUUUGCACAGAACUCUGGACCUCCAGGAUACAUCCCACCCCCUUCAUACAAGAGAGUCCCUGUUAUUGUCGGCGGGCGCCGUGGCUAUAGUGAAAUAGCUGUCGACUACAGGUACAGAGGCGACGUAUACCAGCAAAUACACGUGGCUCCAGAUGGAUCUCGUUGGUACACCAGACAUCCCGCAGUUUCUUGGCAUGACCCUCAGAGAGAAAGACUGUCGGGCCAGAAGCAGCUUUAUCCCGUUUAUACAUCCCAAGAGCAUCCAGGUGGCGGGAUCCAAUACAUCCCCUUCGAUGACCCCCGCAUUCGACACAUAUCCUCCGCUUUGGGGGACAACUCCUUGACCGAUGCUGACAAAAUUCGCCACAUCCGCAAUGAGCUUCCGAGUGUCACCGUUUCAGAGCCUGCAUCUGAAAACAGUGCCUUUUUGCCCCCACCAAUGGGGCCUUUUAUUUCUGCCAAACUGGCCGAUGACGCCAGCCAGAUGUCUUCAAGGCUCUUUGACAAUGACAAUGGCAGGUGGCACAGCAAUUUGCACAAAGAGAUUGUCGAUAACUUCCCAGCAACUGACCAAAACUGCAACAAUAGAUACUCCAAAAAUCAACGACCGCCACCAUCUCCCUCUUCUUCCUUCCAAGUCUCCAAAACAGCAUCUCGCCCAGGGAGCACUAUUCACUUUGCAGAAACCAUCACACAAGUCAAGACCAUUCUUCCAGAAUCAGGGACCGAAAUCCACAGAAAUAGCAAGCGACGAGUGAGUGAGACCAUUUUCUGUCUGGUGUCAGUUCCAGUUCAUACACCCACCAACAUUAACAAAGACUCUGAUCAGAAUAACAACGAGACACCUUCGAGUUUGACUCUUACCUCCACUGACACGUUUGCUGUAGGCCUUAAAGAGACCCACAAGGUGCGAAGCAAGUCAGUCAAUGAAAUGCCAAUCAAACACCACUACUCCCACUACCACACCACCAGCACAAAUUCUAUGAGGAAUUACAAGAGGGCUCCGCUACGGAAAGAGAUCAUCGACGCAUGGGCUCUUCAAGCAAGUAAAGAAAAAGAGUUAUGUAAUGCAAGAUCCUGGCCAGGAAACCAGUACCGCAACCAAGAGACCCAGACUGGCUCACCUCUGGUCAAAAGUCCUGAACUCCAGAGUCCUUCAGAGGGUCCUGAGUUGGCUCAGUCUUCUUCCGACACAACCACAGACAGUGGAUUGGGAGCAGACCAGAGCUCUCUGUAUGGCUACCCCAUGACUGGCCAAAAGAACCUUCAUCCAUCCAGCAACAGUGCUUUCUCCCGUCUAAGCGUCAGCCCAAUAGAAAGUCCUUCGUCAUCACCGUUGCAAACUGCGUUGUCGACUUACGAGGCUCAGGAUCAGGAGGAACCAAAACCAUCCUCCCCAAAAAAGAACAGUCCCACGUCUGAGGACACUGCUGAACAGUCCUUCGGUCAGUUCCUUCUGAAGCCAGUGAACAGAAGACCUUGUGAUGCCAUUGGUGAGCUGGAGAGCAUCAAUAAAGAGAUGGAUGACAUGAUCAGCAAGAGACCCAUUCUUGUACGGUCAUUUGAUGACCUGGAUGGGAUGAAGAACAGACGGAAGGCACAUUUUCGUGAUGGACCAGAGCCGGGCAGAGAGGCCAUAAGUCUUCCUCAUAUUCUCACAGAAAAACCGAGCAUUAAAGUCAGGUCCAAGUCAUUCACUUCUGCCAAUGAUCUUGACUGCAUGAGAAGUUCUGUGACGUCAAUGAAUGGCAUAUGCAAUGAUUUGAAAGAGAAUGGGCCGCUAUCCACGCUGCCCCAUCAAAAUGAAAUGAAUUGCCACUACAGACAAGAUAUUCCCGUUCCUCAGGAGUCCUUACUGAAAGAUGUGGGACUAACUGUCUACACAGAGACACCUGGUGGUCCUGGUGAGCCAUUGCAGCGUUCCCUCUCCGUCCCAUCUCCGCUUGUCCACAUGGAUCUCUCUCAGCAUGGGGAAACCAAGAAAGUACUCGUUGUAAACGGCAGCAGUUCAGAGCACAAGUUAAAUGAAGGACCUCACGUUGUGGCUGGUAAGGGGAGAAAGGAGAAGUUUGACUUCGUAACCAAGUCGCAGUCUAUGAAGGAGCUGAAUUCAGUGUGUUUGAAAAGGAGGGAUGACAUCAGAUCGCCACAGAGCGACAGCUUCCUCAGCGUAACCAGGACAAAAAAGCAGCUUACCUUUGUGUUUGACGAUGACAGUGAUGAAAGAUACGCAAUUUCCAAGCGACUGACUUACAAAAAUGAUUCGACAAUUGCCGACAAGCAUUUGGAAAACUUGCUGAACCAAGAGAAAGCUGGUGCAGUUCCCACAGAAGACCUCAGCAACCUGUAUGAGGUGCAAAGCGCUCAGGGAAUCCCUGAGAAUGAGUCGAUUGAGCAGAGGGCAGCCAGAAUUCUCGGCAUUGCGGUUCCAGUGGGGGCUUUGGGAGGGGAUGACAAGCAGUCGGACGGCAAGGAGGAGACACAGCAGGUUAGUGGAUGUGAGGAGGUUGAAGGGAAAGGCAAAGUGGCUGGUGUUGAAAAGACAGUUGAGCAAACAGGGUUAGCAGUUGAUCCCAAAGAAGGGGAAAGACAAAAGCACAGAAGCAGUAUAAGCUACUGCAAAGGCAAUGUUGAUCCCGAGACAAAGGUUUCGCUAGACCAGUCCGACUUCUCACCAACAAAACUUGCCCCUACAAUACAGGUCAACCCCAAGGAUAAGCGAACGCUGGAUAUCCUUGGUGGGGAAAAGAAAGGGCAUGGUCAUGGCAAGCUAAUCGAAUCUCUUCAGGAUAAAUUGUGUUCGUCUUCUUCCAUGUCUCGGGGCAACUCAACACCAGGCAGAAUGGCUAGACUCAAAGAGCUGGACUCUGUUUCACGAAUCAGACAAUUAAGCCUCAAUGGUUUGGAGAGCAAGACAAAGUUGGAGGCUCAGAUCAUUGGUGCUCAAGAAGUUGCGAAGUUAGUGAUACAGAAUGCUGACAUGGAUGUAUUCAAGGAGAACAGCGCAAGUAGUUUUGAGAAUGAACAUGAAACUCAGGAGGGUAAGACAGAUUUUAAAACGGAGGCGAGAGGAGAAGUCGAGGGAGAAAAAGGGGGAGAAGGUGAUCAGCGAGAGGAGCUUAUGGGUCAGAAAGGUAUCUCCAGUGUUCUGAUGGAGAAGGCAUGCGAUAUUAAAACCGAUCUGGGGACAGAUUCGGAGGUUGAACAAACUGAAGCCAACCUAGAGUCAAACGUGGACGAGACUGAGGUUUCUCCCCAUUUGCCAAAAGCUGAAGGUGCUAUUCAUUCAUCUGUGGACAGAGAAACAGAAAACUCUCCUGAAGUCAGAACAGAAGUGACGCCACAGUUAACUGAUGGAAUAUCUGAAGAAUCUCCGGAGACGGUUGAAAUCAAUGAAAUCGAGUCAAGAGGAACUGAAAUGACUUCAUCAGAUGUCAAACCUACUGAUGUCUCUUUGGAUACAACCAACGCUAAAGAAACUGAAGUGUCGAUGGAAAUCAAAUUAGAUCGAUCAGAAGUCAAAGGAAUUGAAAUCACUACAGAUUCCAAGAUCAGAGCGACGGACGUCAAAACUAAUUCAACCAAAGUCAGAAAAUCAGAGGCGACAAAGGACUCAAAAGGACAGAUAAUGCCCAAAGCAAAGCGGCGGACAAAGCUCCAGAAGCCCCCUCUGCUCCCUAAACCUCGUAGCGUUCCCAAGAGGGAAAUAACUCUGCCACUCAGCUUCAGCAGUGGGACCUGUGACACCUCCCAUGUGGAAAAUGACGAGAUGCCACCAGUCUCAGACGCCUACGACCCCAGUCGAGUGGAAAGAGUAUGACCUCUGACUCCAUCUUCAGCGCUCUGGAAAUCUGUCUUUCUCCAGUUAACUGCUUUUCCAGUGACAAAGAGUUCCAUCUCACCUCAGAGUCAGUCGGACGUGACCGCUGUAAUAUCGUGGAACCGCCCGUCCUGGUGCUGCUGGAGCAUUUUACAGCCAAAUAAACGCACAGCGUGUGCCAUCGUUCGGACCGUCCAUCCAACUCACAGCUUGGACGUUCAUCUGCUCACUCAAGCAGACGUCUUUUUGAUGAUGUGCUCAUCUCAUUACUCAAGUCUGCACUCCUUCCCGAGUGUUGACUUAUGAAUGUAUAAGUACUUCUGUUGAAAAAGAAAUGUAACAGGAAAAUAAUCCAACAAAAAGCAACAGUAUUGCAUUACAAUCAGUAUUAACCAAAUGUAAAUAAGAAAAUACUAGAUUUUAUUUAGAGUAUAAAAUAAAUCAAUUAAAACAUUUAUUGCUAAAGAAAUGUAUAUUUUCUUAUUAAUGUUUAGAAGAGAAUAGUUUUUUUGACACGUAGUCUUUGGGUGUGUAACAGCUAAUGACCCCCGGCUCUUUAUUCUUAUACUUUUGUCAUGUAGAAUGUACUCGAGAGUGUGGAUUGCAAUGAGAAACACUGUGAUCCUCGAAUAGUUACACUCAGCAAUAUCGUUGUCUCUGUGGGGUGUUUGGGAUCGUACAAGCUAAUCGCAUUUUACUGUGUUGCGUCGCAGCGCCUUUUUUAAUUCGGUACAGUGGUUUGAUUUGCACAGCCAGAGAUUAUUGUCUUCAUGUGAACCAGCAGAGCACCUGAUCACGCUUUCACGUACUCAGAGAUUAUUCCCAUCAUCUGUGUUUGCACCUUCUUAUCUUUGCUGCUUCCAGUCACAGGAGUCACAUCCACACUCCAGCGGCUUCAUUUUAAACAAAAAACAAACUCAAAUUGAUGCCUUUAUUCAUGACCUGAAGGCAGAUGGAGUCUCAUAAGGCACUGCAACAGUUAUAAGUUAAACAAAUCAAAUGAAUUUCCCUGUUUAACCCAGGUCCCUUCAUCCAUUUUGAUCGCCAACUUUUACUGAAUCAUUAUUCUACAUUGUUGACUUCAGUGUUGUUAUUGAGCAAAGCUGCGUUGAAGACUGUGGGAAACUUAAAAGGAGUUUAACUCAAUAUCAUGACGCAUUUUAAGUUCUUAAGAGUUGAAAGUCAACAUACAGCUAAAUAAUGAUGAGGCUUCAUGAAACAGUGUUGUCAUUUUCACAGCUCAGUAGGUGGCGCUCUCGUUUUAAAGUAAUGUCAUGUGUCAUUGACAUGACUGUUCAAGUCUGAACAUUUUAGAGCAGAGAGCACCACCUAGUGGGUGCUCAGGCCGAGGACACUGUUUCAUGAAGCCGCAUAUGCUCAAAACUACUUUAGUUGUGCACAUUUGGAAGUAUGACAGACGGAAUACUGUUGUUUGUCAAGGUACAGGAGAGGCCUGCUGACAGAAGAGCAUGAAUUUCAUCAGCAUAAACAUGUACCUGCCCAACAUCAGUGAGUGUUCAAGCCAAAUUUUUAGACCUGGGUUUAACCGGAAAUCCUGAAAACUGAGAGGGAGAUACGAUCCACUUCCCGUCACCAAAAUGCACUCAUAUAUUUUUUUGGUGAUGUCAACUCCUAAUGUGUCAAUAAGUGUGUCAUUGUUAUUUGACAUUUUGUCUGUCAAAUGAAAGUUACCAGAUACGAACCUUGAAGACUGUGAAGAAGAAGGUGAACGUGGCCCCUAUGAAUUUGCCUGUGUGCCACAUUAAUUCCUUCUUAUUUUACGUACAUUUUUGGUAGCGCUGUCGUCAAACCAAACCUCUUCUAUCAAAACACAUUUCCCUCGUAUCAAAGCAGUGAUUUGGGGUGACUAUUCCACUAUUUCAGUUUGGAAGAUAAACGCUGAAGAAAAGGCCAAAAAUGGCUGUAAAAUAAUGAACCCUGGUGUGUGGAUGCAGCUUCAGUGUCAUCCAAAACAUCGUUCGCCAAGAAUGUUUUGUGGCAUCAAGAGUCUAUUUUUGGUCAUGUGCGACUGAGCAAGUCUUCGGAGGAAUACGACGUAGCUCGGAUGAACGGUGUGCCUAUCUGUGUGUGAAACCCCUCAUCUCAUCUCAUCCUUUCUCUUUUGGCAAUAAUAUGAAAUAUUAAGCCAAGCAAGCUUAAUAUCGAUACUGUAGAGAACCCGACGGAUCAUUCAAGGACAGAAUUGGUUUACCGAUGUACCCUCCAGCAAUACAAGACAUUCAAAAUCAUACCAAACUGAACUUUGUGCUAUGCAUUAGACGUCAACAUUUACCGGGUUUAAUACCAAAACUGCAACUUCUGGUUUGUUUGUAGCUCUGCGGAUGUCCUGUGUGUGUGUGUGGGUGUUCAGAUGUCGUAGAGUCUGUCCGGGUGUGUGUGGGCGUUUGUCUCCUUGGAACCUCUGUGUAUCAGGUAAACUUUUAUCUGGUCAUUCCCGUAGUUCUUUUCUACUGCACCCUCUGCGUAACGCUCCGGACGAACUGGUGCACAUCUUGAUUUGAUAUCUAUUUUCAUACAUGUACAGCUUUUUUGUACCCACCACGUCUUUAUUUGUGUUUAUGUGCGGGAGAGGCAGAGGGGCGGACGGAGCGAAGUUGUGUUUGCAAAUACAUUUGGUACCAUAUAGUCUAACCUAUAACAGCAACCGCUCUGUUUCAUAUAAUGUAUAUUUUAUUUUCAGAGAUGAAGCUAAAUAUUUAAAUCAGAACAAGGUAUUUUCAGAUCAUUGUCAAAAGGGAACUGUUGGGGCACAAAUGUUGUCUGUGAUUGACCAUGAAUAAAGACAAGUGCUCUUGUACAGGACUGUAGACUCU